AUGAAAUAUUAUUCUUUACAGCUCCCACUUAAUGAAGGUCUCAGUAAUGCGUUUUCUUCUACAAGUUUAAAUAACGAAGACGAUUGGGAUCCACAUAUUGAUACUUUUGAGAUCUUAAAGGCAAAGUUGUCAAACAUCACAAGGUCCAUGCAAGAGUUUCAAGUUGAAGCAUUAAUAUCAAACAAACAUUCUAAUGUACCUAAAUCAUUUGAUAAUGGCAAUAAUAUUAAUAGUAGUAGUAGUAAUGAUGGUCGACACGAGAACAAUCACCAUAAACAGCAUCGACGCCGUUCUCAGUCACAAAAUCCCGAUGCAUUAAGAACACUAUCCAUAUCACAUGAUGACAACGAUGACAAAGACAGCAUCUUUCUGCACCAUCGACUCUCUAAUUUAUACCGCACCCACUCAAAUGUGAGUAGUACUAUCUUCUCCACGACACAUAGUCUAAUUCAUUCACGUCUUGAUGAGUUGUCUGAAACGGCAUCCAUUCGAUCCAACCCCUCAUCGUCUGGUACAGAAGAAUUACUCGCUUGGCAGAAUCAAUUUGUAAAUCUUAUCAGCAAUUGUAUAAAUCAUUCUGAAGCUUUGGAAUCUUUGUCAACCGACCUUCUGAGAACAGAAGAUCGUGUACGAGGCCUUCUUUUAUUGCAGGAAGCGGUUCAGGACCAAUUGGCUGAGUAUGAAAAGCAUUAUGAACAACGCAUUCGCUUACUUCAGAAGGUGACACAGGAACAGUUAGCACUCAUAGACGCAUUAGGAACAUUGACAGCGGAGAUAGAUCAAUUAAAGGGACAACAACGCAGCUCUGCUAUUCAUAGUGAUGAUUUGCGAAAUGAAAAUGAAGAAACGGACGAAAUUCAAGAUGAAGAUGAAGACGAAGACGAAGACGACGAUACCAGAUCCGCCUCUUAUGACAGUAGAUUAUGUGGCACGCGACAAUUGCUUUGGAACACAAAUCAAAAUGCUUUCAACGUGCUGGAAUUGCAAAACAAACAUGAAGAACUUCAACAAUUACGUUGGGAAGUAGGCAUGCUUUUGGAUGGAAUGAUUGGAACGGGA